AUGGUUCGCAGCGAACGAGAAACCCUUGUCGAUGAUUUUGAGGACACGAAAUCCACGUUUCAAUAUCAUUUACAAUUCCUUCGAUUCCAGAUAUUAAUGAUGAAGAAAUUUCAAAAGUAUUUCAAGAGAAAUUCUUGCAAAGUCGAUGAAAACAUAUCGCCUGAUCCAUCACAACCAGCAACACCAGUUGAGGUCGUCUCCAGUCAAUCUUGUUUUUCAUUCAAUAAAUCACCGAUAAAACGUCGUUUUCUACUUUUCAAAUCUUCAUCAAUUAACAGUUCGAUGGGUGCAAACAAUAGUGUUAAACGCAGUCAGACUGAUAUUCAAGCUUAUCUCGAUCAAGAGAAAGUGAAAUUUCUUGAGAAAAUCGAAAAUCCUAUUCGACAAAAUGCUACUCUAGAAGAUUUCGAGUUGAUUCGAACCAUUGGCACUGGUUCAUUCGGUCGCGUUGUAUUAGUGAAACAUCGUAAAGAAUCAAUCGUGGAAACCAUUGCUUUAAAAGUACUUGAUAGACAAGUUGUUUUUAAAAUGAAACAAGUGGAUCAUACGUUGGCCGAGAAAAAGAUUCUUCAAGCUCUAUCUUGUCCGUUUAUUGUGAAAUUAUUGUACACAUUCAAGGAUAAUUCAUAUUUAUAUCUGGGUUUGGAAUACGCACCGGGUGGAGAAAUGUUUACACAUCUACGUACUAGUGGUCGCUAUACGGAAGAAAUGACAAGAUUCUGUGCAGCACAAAUCGUGCUUGCAUUCGAAUAUCUUCAUCAUUUAGGCGUGAUCUAUAGGGAUCUCAAACCUGAAAAUCUACUGUUUGCUUCGGACGGAUAUUUAAAAAUGACAGAUUUUGGUUUUGCAAAACGUGUUAAAGAUCGAACAUGGACACUAUGUGGAACACCUGAAUAUCUUGCACCAGAAAUCAUCCUCAGUCGUGGUUAUAACAAAGGUGUUGAUUAUUGGGCAUUAGGUGUACUAAUGUACGAAAUGAGUGCUGGCUAUCCGCCGUUCUUUGCUGAUCAGCCAAUUCAAAUCUAUGAGAAGAUUGUCUCUGGUCGCGUGCGUUUUCCGAAUCAUUUCUCAGUUGAUCUCAAAGAUUUACUUAAAAAUUUACUACAAGUCGAUUUAACCCGUCGAUUCGGUAAUUUGAAAGCCGGUGUGAAAGAUAUCAAAGAACAUCGCUGGUUUAAAGAUAUGGAUUUCAUUGCUAUGUAUGAAAAACAACUUCCAGCGCCGUUCGUCCCAAGAACUGAUAAGGAAAAUUACGAAAUGUACGAUGAACAACCAUUGACUGUCGCUGCGACGGAACGCUUCCAAAAGGAGUUCGCAGAUUUCUAG